AUGUUCUCCAAAGAUACUAUUACGGUUGCCUGCGGCACAAACCGAAUCCUGGAUUUUCUGUGUAUCCAUGGUAGAUCUACUAUCAUCGACAUAGAAGGCCUAAGGAAACUGCUGAAAGAACUUGAAGAUAAGAAGAAGGAAAAGGCACUGAAACUUAAAUCUGAACUUGAACAAGUAAAAGCUGAAUUGGAGAAGACAAAACGUGCCUUGGAAAAGGCAAAGAAGCGUAAACAUGAAACCAUUGAAGUAGAAACUGUUAUAGAUAAAUAA